UUUAUUCCCUUAUAAACACCGUUGGAGGUUCAGAAUUAUUUUAGACACAAAAGCUGUUGGAAGUUGUAAAUAAGCUUAAGCGCGCCUCUUAACUUGAAUUUUCCCAAGUAACAGUUUAAAAACGCAAAUAUGUAUCAAGGAAGUUGUGUGAAUUUAUUGGAGCAGCCUUUGGAGCAGGUGCGUCAAUGGCUGGACAGCUUCGAUACUAUUAUUAGUGACUGUGAUGGUGUUAUUUGGCUGGGCGAUAAUGUGAUUGAAGGUGCCGCGGAAACUAUGCGCCAACUCAAACGUUUAGGCAAACAAAUUUACCUGUGCACAAAUAAUUCAACGCGUACGCGUCAACAAUUAUACGAGAAAGCGCACAACAUGGGUUUCGAUAUUAGCGCCGAUCGCAUUAUAUCCUCCUCCUACGCCACUGCCGCCUACCUGAAAUCCCGUAACUUCCAGCGCAAAGUGUACGUUAUAGGCACGGCUGGCAUAACAGACGAACUGAAGGCGGUGGGCAUUAAGCACACUGAAGUGGGGCCAGAUGUUAUGUCCGGUCGCCUAACCGCAUAUAUACAGUCCGGUUUGCGUAAGGAAACGGAUAUUGGCGCUGUGGUUGUGGGUUUCGAUGUGCACUUCAGUUUUUGUAAAAUGAUUAAGGCUUCCGUGUACUUGUCGGAUCCAAAGUGUCUGUUCAUCGCUACAAAUACGGAUGAACGCUUCCCAAUCACUGGCAUGGUGAUACCCGAUGCGGGCAGUAUUGUGCGCACCGUGCAGACGUGUACGGCGCGCGAACCGAUUGUGAUUGGUAAACCGAAUCGCAGCAUUUGUGAGUGGCUGAUUAAGAAUGGCAGCAUUAAGCCAGCGCGUACGCUUAUGAUCGGCGAUUGUUGCGGCAGUGACAUAGUGCUGGGCCACAAUUGCGGUUUCAAGACGUUGCUGGUCGGCACAGGUGUCAAUCAGUUGAGCGAUGUGCAUGUUUGGCAGCAAUCUAGUGAUCCGGAGCACAAAAAACUCAUACCUGAUGUAUAUUUGCCGAGACUUGCGGAUUUGCUGGCGCUUAUUUAAAAGCAAUCUUUAGCAAAAUAUAUUUUUAAAAUUAAUAUUAACUUUUUAUAUUAUAUAUACGUAUUAUAUGAAAUUAAUAAGAGAA